AUGGCUACGAGGCGAUCGGCUCGUAUAAGUACUGGAGGGAAACCACCGUCAGUCGAAGUCGCUGAUAUUUUGGCUGACCAUUUCAUUACUCACGAAACCAACACCUUUAGGAAGAAGAAAAACAUAUCUCCUCCAGUCGUCCCAUCCGAUAGCGAGGACGACCUUCCCCUUACGCAGCCAGACUUUGGCAGUUCUCGAGGGAAGGAGAGUGCGACCUCAAAAUCCACGCGCGGCAGAGGGGGGAAGAGUUCCGUCCCCCGAGGACGCAAGCGUGGUGUUAUUGUGUCGGAUGACGAAGCCGCUGUCGUCGACGGUGACGCUAGGACGGUCAAGCGCAAAAAGUCGGAUCGUGACGGUGAUGAUGAUGGACAUUCGGGAGUGGAUGAUGGCGCGGUUGAAGCCAUCGACGGCACUGCCAACGAUGACGUUCGAAGGGGAGAAGAUAAAGGCGGGGAGGGAGGCGGUGAACGUGAGAAGGAAGAUGUCGAGUUGGAAGGUGAAGUCGCGUCGGUCGCGCUUGGGUCUGCAGAUCCUACCGAGCAGCAGGAUGUCCCCGAGGACGAUGUUAGAGCUUAUACGUUCGAGAGCGUGACCGAGGUUGUCAAAGGGACUAAAGUGCGCAGGGUUGUACGUCUUCCAACUAUUGAUUGUUGCGAUGACGAGGCUCUCUUGGAUCAUGCCUUAGUCAAGCAAGGCAUAUACAAGGAUCUUCCACACCUGGCGCCUGUUUACGCUAGAUCUUGGGCGACUAAGAAUCGCGGCGAGGAGGUCGACGAGGACGGGAACCCUAUCCUCAAUGCUCUGGAUGUGGAGGCCUGGAUCGCGAAUCAUCCUACUCUCAAACGCAGUUUCCUUUACAAAGCUUUCGGUUUCCGUCGGUCGAGGCGAUAUGCCGCCCCCGCCCGGUGUGAUCCUCGAGAUUUCGCUGCUAAGCACUGGUCCAGCAAGUACGAUCGAUCGGAUGGGAAGUCUGUGACGCUGGAGUCUUGGGAUGUUGUUUGGGGUCACGACAUGUCCCAGGCAUUGUUCGUUUCCUUUGUGGCCGUUAACCAAUCUUUCGUCUUAUCUGCCAGGUAUCCAUCUGACGGCGGAGGGGUCAUCUAUCGCUGUGUCACUGGUCUUGGUCAGAAGGGGGACAUCGAGAGGACUUUGUGUUUUUUCCCAAUGGUCUUGGAUAUGGAAGGUAUUACUUUGCAGAUGGACGGUGAGCGAGUCAUAACUUACCAGUCUAAGACCAAACCUUUCAACGAACCGCGUGCUACUGCCAGCCCAAUGAAGGGUCGGCUCAUCACGUCGAGCUACUCUAGCCCUCGCAAGAAGGCUUAUAAUACGUCUGCUGUUCCCUCCUUCGCUCCCCUGGCUUGGGAUGUGCCUAUUCCUGUCUGGGAUGCACGGGGAGUCAAGGACUUCGAUUUCGACGACAUUAACAGAUCUAUCAGUCGCUGCAAGCCUUUUGAGGAAGAGAUUCCAUUCGGGUCCUUUGCGAUGGUCACUUACACCGCGACUGCUUCUCGUGCAGACGAUGGGCCUUGGCGUCUUUACUUCUACAUUCGUAAUGCUGUGUUGUUCUCUGUUAAGGAAGAAAAUUAG